AUGGGCAAACAUUAUGAGCUCGACGCUAACAACAAGCCUCUCGUAAUCAAAGCAUCGUCUACUCCGUUUUCUAUUGAAAACAUCAGAAGCUGUGCUACCUGUCGUGGACCCUUGAGAGAUAUCGCCCGGUAUGGUCGAUUAAUCCGACGUGCAAUCCUUGAUGAGUCGACGAAGAAGUUGAUUCUGUUGCUUAACCAGCAAUAUGUUCCCCUUGCACAGGAACUUCCCGUGCUCAUUGAGAAGAUGCAAAACCUGCCGAGCGACAAACAGUCUUCAUGGCCAAGUUCUAUCACAAUCAGUGGAAAUCGGAACGACCAAGUCAAGAUGAUGCACGAAAUCAUCAAAAGCACAAAUGGUGAUCGAUGGAAUGGAAUGCUUGACUUGCGAAUUCGAAUCGGCAAAUACCGCAGUCGUGUUGAGCCUCACGAGCAGCCCUUUGAAAGGGUCCGUAUCAUGGUCGGGGAUGCUCAGAGACGCAAGAAGAUAACGGGCGACUUGAACUUUCCCAGCAGUAUUCUCCAGACUAAAGGGUACAUCCAGGCCACGGCUCUACUCCUUCGCCUGGAUAUUGCUUUGUUUGCAGACUUUUCCAGUCUCAUUUUCCGAAAAGGCGCAAAUGAGAUCAGCCUUAAGAUAGAUCUACAGGGUACCAAGAACGAUUGCGGGCUCCUUACUCGUGUAGCCCAUGAACAUGACCGAGUUCCGCAACAGGUGGAAGGUUUCCUCUACCUGGCACAACUUUGCGGCCUCGAACGAGCACAUGUUCCACAUCUGGAUAGGGAGGUCAAUCGCAAUAAAUAUUUGCUUGAAGGCCUGCUAUUCAUCAAUGAAGCCAGGAAGCGUUGCAUGAGCUACCCCGGUCAGACACGAGGAUUGUCGGAUGAGGUGGACUGCGCGGAGACCAUGCUGAGAGGAACAGCGUUCUGGUCGAUCAUCACUAGCAGGGAACGCAUGGAAGUCAUUUCAGCAAUGGCCCAGAAGUUCCAGGGUACUGGACACUGGUUUUACUGCCGCAAUGGACAUCCAUUUACCAUCGGGGAGUGUGGGGGAGCCGUGGAGACAACCUUCUGUCCCGACUGCGGCGCCCCAGUAGGAGGAGAAAACCAUCAAGUUGCAGCAGGAGUUACUCUGGCAGAGGAUCUGGAGCAGAGACUGACUGAAAUGGGUAUUUGA